AAGUGUUCACACACCACGUCUGCUUCCGCAGGGUCAAUAUGGACUUAAUCAACAAAAUGUUCAUCGACCAUUUUAGAAAGGAAUGAGAUCACUCGAGAAGAUGUUUCCUCACUCAGGGAAAUCCAUCGUCUUUGACAGCUUUCCAGAUCCAUCUGACACCUGGGAGAUCAUUGAGACUAUUGGUAAAGGGACUUAUGGGAAAGUUUAUAAAGUGCUUAACAGGGUCAAUGGCAGCAAAGCCGCUGUAAAAAUACUGGAUCCAAUCCAUGACAUUGAUGAGGAAAUUGAAGCGGAAUAUAACAUCCUGAAAGCUCUCUCAGACCAUCCCAAUGUUGUCAAGUUCUUUGGAAUGUUCUACAAAAAGGAUGUCAAGAUUGGAGACCAGCUAUGGCUAGUGCUAGAGUUGUGCAAUGGAGGGUCUGUCACAGAUCUGGCUAAAGGUAUGCUGAAAAGAGGAGACCGCAUGGAUGAACCCAUCAUUGCCUACAUCCUACACGAAGCACUCAUGGGUCUCCAGCAUUUACACAUCAAUAAGACCAUCCAUCGAGACAUCAAGGGCAACAACAUCCUGCUCACCACAGAAGGAGGAAUCAAGAUGGUUGACUUUGGGGUAUCAGCCCAGCUUACAAACACCCGGCUAAGGAGGAACACUUCAGUCGGAACACCAUUCUGGAUGGCACCUGAGGUCAUAGCCUGUGAGCAGCAGCUCGACUCCACCUAUGACGAGCGCUGUGACGUGUGGUCUCUUGGUAUCACAGCCAUAGAGCUGGGUGAUGGAGACCCGCCCUUGGCUGACCUUCAUCCAAUGAGAGCUCUCUUCAAAAUUCCAAGAAAUCCUCCACCUACCCUACACCAACCAGAGCUCUGGUCAAACGAUUUUAAUGAUUUUAUAUGCAAGUGUCUGAUAAAGGAUUUUGAGCUCAGGCCCAAUGUGUUUGACCUUCUUCAGCAUGUCUUCAUCAAACAGAUUGUGGGCCGAGAGAAGACGCUGCAGAAGCAGCUGAUGGAGCUAAUCGACCUCAACCAACAAAUGGGCAUUAUUGAGAAAACCAGCCAUCUUGGAAUAACUGAAAGGAGAGACAGUGAUGCCAGGCAUGAGCGUAUCCACACCAAAAAAGGCAGCCACAUGAAGUCUCAAAGUCAAACUUGUGAUGACGUGGAGGAUCUGGCAACCCUAGAGGUUCUAGAUGAAAACACAAUCACCGAACAGUUACAAAGACGUUAUGCAAAGGAGCAGAUCUACACCUACGUUGGAGACAUCCUCAUAGCGGUUAAUCCAUUCCAGAAAACGGAACUGUACACGCCGGAGCAUUCUAAGAUUUACGUUGAAGCCAAAAGAACAUCCAACCCUCCUCAUAUAUAUGCAGUUGCAGACAUUGCAUAUCAGUCCAUGGUCUCCUAUAAUACUGAUCAGUGUAUUGUCAUCAGUGGAGAGAGUGGUGCUGGGAAAACAGAAAGCGCCCACCUAUUAGUCCAACAGCUGACCGUCCUCGGAAAGGCAAACAAUCAGACCCUCCAAGAGAAGAUUUUGCUGGUCAACAGUCUGGUGGAGGCCUUUGGAAAUGCCUGUACUGUGAUCAAUGAUAACUCCAGUCGCUUUGGGAAGUAUCUGGAGAUGAAGUUCACAUGUGGAGGCACAGUUGUGGGAGCUCAGAUCUCUGAAUACCUCCUGGAGAAAUCCCGGGUCAUACACCGGGCCGUAGGGGAACGUAAUUUCCACAUCUUCUAUUACAUCUAUGCCGGUCUGGCAGAGAGGAAGAAACUUGGCCACUAUAAGCUGUCAGACAGCAAAACACCGAAGUAUCUCCACAAUGAGAAUGUUAAAUUAGUGCCUGACAUUGUGGGCAAUGCCUUCUAUAAGGAGCAGUUUGAGACAGUGGAGCAGUGCUUCAAAGUCAUUGGCUUCACACUAGAGGAGCUUGGAAGCGUUUACAGUACCUUAGCCGGGAUCCUAAAUGCAGGUGAUGUCGAGUUCACAUCAGUGGCUUCGGAACAUCAGACGGACAAAAGCAAUAUUUCCAACAUGGCAGUACUAGAGAGUGCUGCAUCGCUGCUGUGUAUCCGUGCCGAUGAGCUCCAGGAAGCGCUGACUUCUCACUGUGUGGUCACACGGGGCGAAACCAUCGUCAGGUCAAACACAGUGGAGAAGGCCAUUGAGGUUCGGGACGCCAUGGGCAAAGCCCUCUACGGACGCCUGUUCAGCUGGAUCGUCAACCGCAUCAACUCUCUCCUGAAACUAGAUAGCCUGUCAGGGGAGGAAGACAAAGGUCUGAACAUUGGUAUUCUGGACAUCUUUGGCUUUGAAAACUUUAAGAGGAACUCUUUUGAGCAGCUGUGCAUCAACAUCGCCAAUGAGCAGAUCCAGUUCUACUUCAACCAGCACAUCUUCGCCUGGGAACAGGAUGAGUAUCUGAACGAAGAUGUGGACGCUCGAGUGAUUGAAUAUGAAGACAACCGGCCGCUGCUGGACCUCUUCCUCCAGAAGCCCAUGGGCAUGUUAGCACUACUGGAUGAGGAGAGUCGCUUCCCUCAGGCUACUGACCAGACCCUCGUCGAGAAAUUUGAGGACAACUUAAAAUCCAAAAACUUCUGGAGACCAAAGAGGGUUGAUCUUGGCUUUGGAAUACAUCACUACGCAGGCAAGGUGAUCUAUAAUGCCAGUGGUUUUCUGGCUAAGAACAGAGAUGCUCUGCCCGCUGAUAUUGUUCUCUUGUUGAGGUCUUCAGAGAAUGAACUGGUCCGUAAACUGGUUACUCACCCACUCACCAAAACAGGUAACCUGGCUCACACUAAGGGCAAGGCUGCUAGCUCUGCUCGUAUGUCCACACAACAAUCACAGCCCACCAUUAACUUUGCCAAGUUGGAAGGUCUUAUGUUGUUCAGUACUGUAUCAUUCAGUGAGUCUUCCUCCCGGAAAUUAACUCCCACCAAUGACAAAACAAUGCUUCCCUUGCCAGUUGACACUGUACAAAUGGCGGAGAGCACGGGAGACACCAUACAUCACCCCAGAGAGACCACCAACAUGAAGACUCAGACUGUAGCCUCUUACUUCAGAUAUUCUCUAAUGGAUCUGUUAUCAAAGAUGGUGGCAGGCCAGCCUCACUUUGUACGUUGCAUAAAACCCAACAAUGAUCGUCAAGCCCACAAGUUCGACAGGGAGAAGGUUUUGAUUCAACUACGCUACACUGGUAUUCUAGAGACAGCUAAGAUACGCAGACAGGGCUACUCUCAUCGCAUUCUCUUCGAUAACUUCAUUGAGAGGUACUCGAUAUUAGCAUUUAGAGCCAAUGAGGAGCCACCAAUGAAUCCAGAGACAUGUGUUGCUAUUUUGGAAAAGGUCAAACUAGAGAACUGGGUUCUGGGCAAAACAAAGGUCUUUCUUAAGUACUAUCAUGCAGAGCAACUAAAUCUGAUGGUGAGACAGACCACAGACCGGAUUGUUCUAGUCCAAGCACAUGUACGAGGCUGGCUGGCUUUCAGACGAUACCGUUUGAUGCUUGAAAAGAGAAAACAAAGUGCUGUGCUUUUGCAGUCAGUGUGCAGAGGAUAUCUAGCAAGGCAGAAAUACAAGGAGUUACAAGAGGAGAAGAACAAAGCUGCUGCAAAAAUCCAGGCCCAUUACAGAGGACACAAAGAGAGGAAAAGCUUCAAGAGGAAAAAGGAAGCCAUGCAGAAGGAAAAAGCUGAGAAGACCGAAGAAGUGGAGGAGGCCCCAUCAGAAGCAGAUGGUCCAGUCUCCGAGGAACCUCCACGGGAAGGAGAUGAGGCAGUAACGGAUAAUGCUGAUGAAAAGGCCGCUGUGGUACUCCAGAGCAACUACCGAGGUUACAGAGAAAGGAAGAAAUACAAGGAGCAUCAGGAACGGAAUAAGACCUUGACCGGGGAUGAGCUGGCCAUUUCUUCAUCUACCCAUGAAGAAGUCACUUCGGGAGAAGAUUUGGAUUCUAUUCAAGAGGUACUACAGGAGAAUAUGGAGAAGGAAGGGAGGGAGGCUGAGGAAGAGGCUGCAAGUGGAGAAGAUGAGAACAAUGAACAAGAAGCCAAGGCAGCCACUGUUAUCCAGAGCAACUUCAGAGGUCAUAAAGAACGUAAAAGACUCCAAGAGGAGGGGAAGAUGCCAGUUAGAGGGAAGAAGGAGACAGAGAGCCCUCCAGUUGAUGAGGAGUUUCCUAUUCCAGAUCCACCACCCCCAGAAGAACUGCUGGAAUUCACUGAGGACAUGGAACAGGAAGAUGAGACUCCAGCUCAGCCACCAGGAGAAGAUGAAGAAGCCAAAGCCGCUGUGGUUCUUCAGAGCAACUUCCGUGGCCACAAAGAGCGUAAAAGACUCCAAGAGGAAGGCAAAAUCCCCAAGAAAAAGACAAAUGUAGAAAUGGCUAACCCAGACACUUCAGAACUAGACAUUUCUCUUGAAGAACUUCCACCACCUCCAUUAGAAUUUGAGCAAGACCAAGAGCUAGAUUUCAGUCGGACUGAACAAGAAAUGGCACUAGAGGUGGAGGAGCAGGUGAAUGACGAAGUUCUGGACAUCACAGAUGUUCAGCUGGAACGGAGGGGGGUAGAAGAAGAGGAGAACACUCAGGCAGAGGACGGCCAAUAUGAUGAGGAGCAGGCAGCCAUUAAAAUCCAGAGCAAUUUUAGAGGUUACAAAGACAGAAAGAACCUGAAAGCUACAUCACAUAAACAGGAUGAGGAAGCUGAGUCACUCUUCAAACAGGUAACCAGUGCCUCUGAAGAUUACUUAUCACUGCAGAAGAAGUUAAAUGAAAUCAUCCUUGCCCAUCAGCUCAACCCCAGUGAAAAUGGAAUGUUUGUGAAAGGAAAACCUAUGAAUGGCUACAUGGGCUGUUACCAGCCACCAGCCGACACAAUGCAGUCACGAACAUCUCGCCGCACACAACAACCAAAGACCCUGAACACACCAGAGGACUCCACAUACUACACACUCAUUCAUAGGUCUGUCCAGGACAAUAAAAGGAGGUCAAGAAAACAAAGCCCCAAGAGGCUGGACAAUGAUGACCAGUACUACCAGGGCUUGUCCAGCACUAAGUCCACAAGCCUGCCCAGUGACAGACGGCGCUUGAGCAAACGCAGAUCCUCUUCCGAGAGACCACUGUCUGAUGUCCCUAAAUCUGAUCUCCCUAUGGACCCGACGGAGAAGAGGCACUCGUUCUCUAGAAUGCCCUCUACAGAGAGUCAAAGUGAGGACAACCCUUAUGACUACAGAAAGAUACUGAGGAAAACCUCCCAGAGACGAAGGCUUAUAACACAGCCUGUCAGUGACUGAGGAGGUCAGCGAAAAACUUUUUCCUUAAAGGACGGGUUCACCCAAAAACUGCAUUUCCUGGCAUAAUUUGUCUCGCCAUUAGAGCCUGUCCUCCAACAAAAAACGACCAUAUAGGUAGUUUGUGCAAGCAUCUUAUUAUGACCUAUAUUUACGUUUUAAAGUUAAGAAGCCUCUAGUGGUCGUAAAAAUAAUGACAGUAUCGCAUUGCGUCGAAAUGACGUAUAAUGUCAUUACCAAUCAAAACGCACGUUUAUUUAAAUGCAAUGUGUGGACUUUUUACACCGAUCUCACAGUAAUAUGUACAUAUUUUACUAGGUGGCUUAUUCGUUCGAAUGACCACACCUAA